AUGGCAAAAAGAAAACGGCGGCGAGAUGAUGAAUCUUCCUCCUCUGAAUCCUCUUCGUCGUCUUCGGAGAGCGAAGAAACGGGAGGAUCUUCGUCCUCCUCGUAUUCGUCCUCCUCCUCCUCCUCUUCCGAAGAAAGAAGACGACGAAAGAAGACGAAGAAGACGAAGAGAAACGACGACGACGUGACAAAGAUGAAGGACAAAAAGCUCCUCCAGAGAAGGAAAGAUUUGCUGAAAAAAAUUCGACUGUAUGAACGCGCGAGCGAACGCGCGGCGGAUUUCAUGAAGAAGAAGACAAAGGAGGAGAAUAACGAUGGUGAUGAUCGGGGUUGGGAACGACGAGGAGUACAACGACCGGCGCCGAGACGGUUUCAAAGGCCACCACCGUCGAAUACUCACCGCGACGACAGAGGGAGAGGGAUCAGAGAAUACGAGGGACCGAUGGAUCGAGAACGGAUGGCGACGACGACGAACGAGUGGACGAGAGAAAAGGAACAGAAGAAGAAUACGUCGUUUGUGCCGCCACCGCCGAAGAAAAUGAGAGCAAACAUCGAAGAGCGUGAUGAUGCGAACAACGACGACGGAGAAGAAGACGGAGAGGUGAAAGAAGAAGGAGAGCGGAAGGAGAAGUUCGUGCCGCCGCCCGGGGAGAUGACGAUGAAAGCGGCGCCGUACGUGCCGUCUUCGAAACAAAAAGCGGCCAAGACGUGGACGAGACCGUCGGUGAACUUGAAUACGAAUAGAAACAGAGCGGACGGGCCGAAAAUUCCUGAAAUCGGGAGCAGAGGAUUUACGAGACAACGCUCGGUAUCGCCGGGGAUACACGCGAAAGAUUUGGCGCCGUGGACGAUGAGCGAGCCGGCGAAGAAACCCGAAAAAGCGGCGGGAGAGGAGAAAGAAAAGCCAAAAAACAUCCCGGAGACGAUACCAGAGGAGAAAGAGAUAGACGUCCCGCCACCAGCACGGGCAGAAGCAGCAGUAACAGCAGUAGAGGCGGCGGCUAGAGCGCCGAGAAAGCGCGGCGCCGCUCGAUCGUCGAAAUCUCCAUCUCCCGCGCCAGAAGAACAACCACGACGCUCAACGCGCCGCUCCAAAAGCGCUUCCGUCGAACCCCAUCCGCCACCGGGACCGAGCGGCCAAUCGUCGAAACAAAAAAAUGACGACAAAGAAACGACGACUUCUUUGAGCAAACGAACCGUGAAAGAACUCAAAGAAAUGUUAACCGCGAAAGGUUUGCCCGUGGAUGGUUUGAAAGCCGAUUUAGUGCAACGACUACUCGAAGAGUAA